GUUUAAUCAAAUUAUUGGUAUGUAUUCCGUUUAACUAUAAAAUGUUCGAGUUAACAAAGCAUAUUUUUAUCCACAUGUAUGCUAUUUUAAUCUGUUUCACGUCAUACGUUUGCGUCGGCCGGAAAUUGAAUUUCCAUCGCCUCUUGUUUUUGUUCCCAGUUAGAUUCUGUUCAGCAGCUGGGUUAGGUAGGCUUUUUGUGUUCGAAAUUUACGAGAUAUUUGGUUAGUUUGAAUAACUUUAAUAUCAAUUCAAACGGUGUUUGGACAAUAACGCAGAGCCAUGUCUAAACUCGCUUCUUUUCACACACAACUGUCCUCCAUCAUGGAAAUACUGUCUAGAACCGCAAUGGCUCAUGUGUGCAAACUGGUUGACGACGAAUACGCGGGAAUUUCUUUAGAAAAUGAGGCUCUCAUUGAUAAAUUGCAUAAUCUGGAAAGUGAACUGACAAUUGUGAAAAGCACAGCUCCCAAGCUGGCUGGAAACUAUCGCUCUGUUGGUGUUCAAACUGGUGAAACUAUCACCAGAAUAGACAGAGGGCUAAACGGGUCCCCCACCAUCGAAGGAAUAUUUGGGAAGGAAUGGUGCCUUGAUCUAUGGAACCAUGGGGAUCCCUACAGCACAGAGAACAGUCCGCAACACAUUGCCAAAUCAACAGGGGUGCCUUCAGGCCAAGCUGACGUUAAAGAGGAGGAUUUUGAGGUGGAAAUCAUAAACAGCAGAGACCAACAGGAAAGACCAACAAUAAUUUUAGACGGAGAUGAUGACUUAUUGGACAAUGGAAGAGAAGGGCCCUCCAAUGAGUAUCCAUCCUUUGAUUCCUUCCGCCAGGACAGGCCAGGGAGACGGGAUAAACAGGUACUGGAGAUGUCAACUACGGAUGUCUCCACAGGACACACUUUACGUUUCAUAUCCAUCGACGGAGUGGAGGAGGAAUAUGGCGAACAUGUAUUUCCCAUCGAGGACGAUGAGACGAAUGAGUUCCUACCAGACGAUACCGAGCUGUUGCCCAACGAAGGACAAGAUGAACACAUCACAAAGCCAACGUAUGCAAAGAAGUCUUUAGCAAAGUCAAAAAGCAAAGCUGGAAAGACUGCUGGGAAGACUAAGACUUUCAGUUACUUUAAUAGGUUUAACUUGCACUCCCAUAGUAAAUCCGACACAAACAAGUUAAGUUGUGUGAUUUGUAAGAAGACUUUCUUACGGCAGAACCAUCUAACGAUGCAUAUGAAAUCUCACAAAUCGCUGUACUGCAGUGUGUGUAAGAACUGUUAUCCUGGGAAAACUCAGCUCAAAAAACACAAGUGUGUUGCUCCCGAUUAUCUGGCCUCGAACAGCUCGAAGUACUUUUGCCAUUACUGUGGCAAGUCUUUCAGCUGUCCGUCAAGCCUGAGGAUACACCACCUGGUGCACACGGGAGAGAGACCCCACACGUGCACUGUCUGCGGGAGAGGAUUCACACAGAAGGGCAAUCUGAAAUGUCACAUGCGCCUUCACACUGGUGAGAAACCGUACAAAUGCCUCACAUGCGAAAUUGGUUUCACCCAGAAAGUAUACCUCACUCAGCACUUGGCCAAAGCUCACGGUCAAAAGGAAGAUAAUAAGAAAAAGAAGGCUGAAGUGCACAAAUGUUCUAAGUGUCAGUUGUCUUUCGUCAAUCAGCAACUGCUCCAAACACACAUGACUGUUCAUAAAAAUAAAUGAAGUAUUUUUGGUUGAUUGCAAUACUCUUGACUUAAAGGGGCAAGCUGCAGUUGCUACAUCUAUUUUGGGACUUAGAAAUGAUGUACUCAUUUAUUGUUGAAGAAUAUAACUUAAUGCCUCAUGAGCUUAGUUGAACUGUUGUACCCCAUCAGAACCCAACAUAAACAAAGUAAACACAUUUGUUAUUUAGCAGACACUCUUAUCCAGAGCGACUUACAGGAGCAAUUAGGGUUAAGUGCCUUGAUCAAGGGUACAUCGACAGAUUUUUCACCUCGUCAGCUCUGGCAUUUGGUCCGGUGACCUUUCGUUUACUAGGGCAACACUCUUAAUGACUAGGCUGCCAGCCUAAAUAGCCUCAAAACAUGGAUAAAACUAUCAUUUUGAUGGUCAGUCCUUGCAUCGAUAGCUCUAUGAAUUUGAGUUGUUAGCCUACAUUUCACCAGGCCCAGUCCUCAGCUUUUUACCGAAAAGGGUGGGGAGGCCUCUUAUCUGAACCGCUGAUUGCCCCUUUAAAGGAUUGUGUGCCUGCUCUGCUCAAACUGGAGACCCAAAUACUAUCUAGUGUAUGUCAUACUUCACAAUAUUUGAGCGACCUUAACACGUCACCUAGCGAACUUGUCAAGGGGUUUGGAUCUGGACGCUGGACCUGGGAGCCCCCCCCCCCCCCAAAUACACUACAGUAUGUUGUAGGCUUUAUUUGUCUGAAUUCGCUACAACACUAACAUGUAAUGUUUACCUACAAUAAAAGUAAAUUUAAGUUUUAUUUUGCAAAGAACGUGGCGCAUGAGUAUUGCACAAUUCAUAAGUACUGUAAUGUAUACCUACCACUAGCCUGUUCUAUAUUUUAGGCUCAAGGAAUUAACCUGCCAAUGUUUGAUGCAAGAUGGCACUGUAUCUGCAUUGUCCUCUAUACGUUGGUACAAAUGACAUAAGAUAUCAUUAAAUGGAUGUUUUCAAGUUCUGUUCCCAGCAGUGCAUUUUAUACUUGUUUUGUACAUAAUGCUUCCAUGAUUGUGUCAGUUGUUUUUCUGGAAUAUAUUCAUCUACUGUAAACUUAGUUUGGUUUCAUAAUUAAAACACCAUUAAUGGUAUACCAUUUCAAUCAUUUAA